AGAAAGACGAGAAAGAGAGAGAGAGAGAGAGAGAGAGAGAGCAGAGCGGAGGAAAGGACCGUACGAGAGCAGGUCACGUUUCGCGCAGCAGUGUUACUGGAUGUGCGCCUCUCGGUGACCGGAACCGCAACGGGACUCAUUCCGUGGCAAGGCGCGAGGAGCCGGCGGCGGGGAAGUCGCUCGGUCUCGCUGGCGUCUCGGCCUUCGCCAGCUUCUCCCGCCGCCGAGGAGGAGCGGGCGACGAUCAGCUGUUCCACAGGCGCGAUCCGGUGCGUCCGGUCUCGACGUCGUCGCGGCGGAGGUUCGUCCGCGCGCGUAUUCCGCGUCGGCGGCGGCAGCGGCGGCCGGAAAACCACCUGUUGACGAUUUACGCGGCUAAAAAUCGAAGCGCGCUCGGCGGAAGCUCCCUUGCGAGCGUCCGCGCCUCGACGGAGGACGAUUACGCGUGAGCGUCGCGCCGAUAAGCGAGUGUCUCUCUCUCUGUCUCUCUGUCUCUCUCUCUCUCUCUCUUUUGGCCGCUGCGUUGCGUACGCCGCUCGAUCGACGGGGCGGAAAUUGUGCUUCCAGCGGGGGAACUCGCGCGAGAUCUCAUCUCCGGUGGCCGCGGAGGACGCCUUUCGGCGUUUUCGGCCCGUUUUCGAGGACUUCGGCUUCCUCGGCACCGACUGUUCUUGAGGACCAAGCGGCUCGCCGCGCUGUAGGACGCAAGCGGAGAAGCAAAUCGGAACCAACGAAUCCGAGCUGUCACGCCGGGCGGAAGUUCUGUGCGCACAGAAACCGUGUCGAUGUGUGAGUGCGUCGACGGUGAUAGCUAGUCAAAUCGUUAGAAUGGGCAUUACGUUUCGCGGACUAGAUCCUUCGGGAAAUCGCGCGCGAUCCGAGAACGUGGACGCGGCGCGCAAGGGUUGAGUGACACUUGAACGGCGGUUGAGAGCGCGGGCGAAUUAAGAGAGGACUCCUCGGCGCGGCUUAUCGCGCUUUUUCCUCCCGCGGUCGUUCCAGCGGUAGUCGGACGUCAUCGAGCUUCCGACUCAUCGUCGGCACGAGAGAGUACGUUAAGCGCGCGCGCGCGCGCGCUGGUGUGAACGCGCCAUUUCUUAACGUUUGCAAACUGCGACGUAGUGGUUGUAUUACACGUGUCGGUGCAGCGUUUUACGGAAACGUCGCAACGAGCGAAGGAGCAGAAUAUUCUUCAUCCUCGUCGGGCCUGUGAGAGAGAGAGAGAGAGAGAGAGAGAGAGAGAGAGAGAGAGAGAGAGACGGGAAUGAAGUGUUUCGUUGGUGUCUAACGGACGAAAGGAAAAGUGAACAGUUAUUUCGGAAAGAAAUUUGUCACGUCGACGACAGCCAAGGACAGCAUUCGAGAAAGUUUGCAGGCUUCCUCAGCGAUAUGCUAGGCUCACAGCCAGGGUCUUCGCGUCGCUUGUCUUCGCAGUAGGAAAUUCAUCUUUGGCCAAAUGGUUGCCACAUUUAACUACCUGGAAUGAUGCAGCAGAAAUUUCUGAAGCGGACGGCCGAGGAUUUGGAGCCAGCAAGCGGCGGCGGAGGCGACGGCGGCUUCGGUGAACCACCGGUGAAACUUCAGUGCACACAAGCUCAGCACCAACAUCAGCAAGGUCCAGGUUCCGGAGGUAGCGGCGGACCACAUCACGGUCACGGUCAACAUCAGCCUGGUGGCGCCGGUGCGAACUCGACAGGGCCUACAGCCGGCGGUGGCGGUGGCGGAGGCAGCAGUGGCGCGAAUGAAGGUCUCACCAAGUUCUCCGUAGAGAUAGUCCAGCAACUGGAGUUUACCGCCUCGACAGCGAACUCGCAGGCCCAGCAGAUAUCCACGAACGUGACUGUGAAAGCGCUAACGAACGCGUCCGUGAAGAGUGACUUGCUGAACGCGUCCUCCUCGCCGAAAGCCGGCCCUGACACGCCGUCUUCGGCUAGCAGUCGGACGCAGGUUGGCGGCGGUGGUGCCGGCGCAGCAGGACCAGGUGCUGGUGGUACCGCCGGCGGACCUACUGGCGGCGGCGGCGGCGGCGGCGGCGGCGGCGGCGGCGGCGGCGGCGGCGGUGGCGGCGGAAUCGGUUGUGUCGACAUCGGAAACCUCGUCGAGUGUAAACAGGAACCGGGGUUAGAAAACGACUUCGUCGACCUGGAGCAGUGUGCAGCUGCGCUGGAGAAGGACGCCGCAGCCAACGGCGCGACCUCCAGUUUCACUGGUUUCCCCGAGUUCAUUGGGGAUGAUACCGGGGAUGAGAUAAUUAACUCGGACACGUUCAAGGAUCUCAUCUCCGAGAUUUCGGAUUUCCAUCCGGAAUUCAUGAAGGACUUCGACUUUGAGGAUAAGACAGUCGACACUUUGCCGGGCAAUACCGUAUCCGUGGCCACAGUCGCAGCCGUCAACAGCGCCAACAGCAAUAACGGCAACAACCCUCUGAUGAACAACGGGCAGAUCAAGAUGGAGGACGACAAGGACGCGAUUCAUCAGCAACAACAAGCCCAGCACAACAACGGCGCGAACAACGGCGUCAGCAAUAACGCCAAUAACAGCAACAACGGCAACGCCAUGCCGGCCAACGCGAGCCCGGGGGGUCUAGCCUCGUCGCAAUACUCGCCGGCGAGGCUCUCUUACAGCGGCCUGGACUUCAAGUCCGAGAUGAGCCCUGCCGCCCAGACCCUCAAGCAAAUGGCCGAGCAACAUCAGCACAAGAGUCAGCAACUGGGCCUCGGCGGCUACAACCACACGGCGGCGGCGGCCGCGGCGGCUGCAGCCCGCGGCUCGACCGCGAGAUCUCCUUACGCUGAAUUCUCGCAGUUUGGCGGUACGUCGGACUAUCUCGGUAGUCCUGGGAGCGCGGUUCCAGCCGCCGGCCAAGCUCAGCCGGCCACUGGAGCCGCCACCUAUCACAAGAACAACGCGACGCCGAACUUCCAGAGUCAGCAGACGAGCGACAUGUUCGUAGGCUCGCAGAGCCAGUUCACCACAGGUCUAGCUGACAUGAAGAGGCCUCAGCCGGCCAGCGGAGGUAAGCCCGGCAUGCUCGGACCCAGCGGCGGCUACAAGCAGCCAUAUUCGCCGUACAACAACAGUCCGGGGCCGAUGCCGAACCACGGUAGCCCGCAAUAUCCGUUGCCGCCUAGGGGAUCGCAGACUGGCGGGCCCAACCAGACGAGCUCGCAGGGACCCUUCAACAACUCCACGCCGCCGCGACCGCCCUCGGGACCCGGCACUUCCACUCUGCAAAUCAACCAGGCGCAGCAGUUGCACAUCAACAAUCCUGCGCAUCAGAUACAGGACAUCUAUCUGAACCACUAUGAGACACGAGGCGAAUUGCAACAACGUUACACGCAGCCAGAAGUGAAGAAAGAAUGCUGCCACAGUUGUAAUCAGGUGUCGGCCGGUCAGCAUAUGCAGCUCACCAGUGAUCUGAAGCCGAGCGUGUCCGUCGCUGCGCAGCAAGGCAUGUUCUUCAACCAGCAGCAGACGCCGAAUCAGCCCGGGCCGGGCAGCCAGCCCGACGCUUAUUGCUCGGUCUCGCAGUCCCAGACCAUCAACUUCACCCAGCAGAGUCUGAGACAGAGGGCGGCCGCCGCCGCCAGCGGGGUACCGCAGCCUGGACCGGCAGCGGCGGCGCGCGGCCAUCCGCAGCAGGUGGUACCGGCCGGCCAGGUCGAUCAGCAUCAGCACGCCAAGAUCCUGCAGCAACAGCAGCUGAUGCGCGCGCAACAGGCUAUGCAACAGCAACAACACAUGACCGGCGGCAUGGGGGGUGUGCGACCGCCACCGCCCGAAUACAAGGCUGCGGCCCAGGCGCAAAUGAUGCACGCCAGCAUCGGAAUAGGACAGCAGGCGAGGUUCGCCAACGCGGGACCCAUGCGUAGAGUUACGCAGCAACCGAUGCCGCCAUCCGUUUCAGUUUUCCCGGAUAUACCAGUCGCACCAGAAAUCCCUGUGAAAAAGAAACGCGGAAGGAAACGAAAAAUUGAUACAGUCGCAACACCUGCUGACUGCCUUGGAUUUCACAACAAGCAGACGAACGUCUAUCAAACGAACGUCACUCAAACGAACGUCAAUCAAACGAACGUCAAUGAAACGCAAAUCAAUCUUUCUUAUCCGUCCACAGACAUGCUCAAUUUCUGUCUUCCGCACCCACCACAGUCUGCAAUACAAUCUCAGAACGCGUACGGCCCUCCACUACAGGCGGAAUCUCUUAUUCAGUAUAUUCCUAAUCCACCGCACAUUACGGAAGAGGAGAAAAAAGGGACGGAGAUUAUUAUGGCAACGCCCGCUAAAGACCGUGGGACCCUUAUGAACCAAUUCCAAAACAAUCCGCCUGCAAUGCAAUCUCAGAGCGCGUACGGUCUUCCAUGGUCGUCUGCGCAAAUUGCACAACAGAAUUAUAUUCACAGUCCGAUGAUGAGGCCGCAACUGGCGCAGCAGCAGCAGCAGGCGUUACACGCGACCGGCGGUAAUAUGUACAUGGGCGGUGGUGGGAUGGCCGCCAUCGGCAGUAUGCAUCAGAUGCACCAGCGGGUAGGCUACCCGAGAACCAACAAUCAGCGGCCGCCUAACGUCAGCGUCGGCCCUCCGGACGGCCUUGGGAAUAGCAUCGCGGGUCGCGGUGGCCAGCAAGAAUGGCGACACGUUCUGAUGCAGCAGCAGGGCUUUCAGGCGCAGAUGCGAUCGCAAUUCAACCAGCAAGGUCACCAAGGUGGCUUCGGCAUGGCUGGCGCGGGCGGCAUGCAAAUGACCGCGGCGCAGAUGCAACAUCAGCAGCAGCUAAUCCGCUCGCAAAACGGCGGCAUCGCCGGAUCGGGGAUGUCCAACAGCACGCAGAUGCAGCAGCUGUUGUCGCAGCAGCACCAGCAACAGACGUUAGCCAUGCAACAACAGAACAAUAAUCCGAUGUCCUUGCAGAUGCAAAUGUCUCAGGCAUCUUCGGUUAACUCGGUUAACGCUACUGGCACCGGUUCUCCAUUGCAUCCGCAUCAGCAGUAUGGUGCGGGCAGCUCAGGGGUACGCAGUCUACCGCAACAGCAUGCGCAACCACCAGCCAAUGCUGCGGACCCGUCCGGCGUAUCGGCUAAUGAUUUUAGCCUCGAAUUCCUAGAGACUCUUCCUACGGCAGAUUCGUCGAAUUUCAGCGCUCAAGAGCUGCUUAAUUCUCUAGACAGUACUGCGGCUAACUUUAAUCUCGAUAUUCUGUAAAACUACGACUUGUCGACUUGUCGACACAUACGACUGGUCAGCUCGUAUGUGUCGAAUAUGAAUAACUGUACCAGAGCUCGGCAAAAUGUGCACGCGACAACCGAUUUUCGACUAUCUCCGCCCACCGCUAUUCCCUUUACCUCGCCGCUCCGCGCGCUGCCUCUCGGCAAAAACGCGUUAACAAUAAUACUUCAUAGGUGACGUGGAAAACUAUUGGAAACACACUCCUGAGACUCAAGCGGCUUGUAGGCAGCGCGCGGAGCGGCGGGGUAAAGGGAAUAUAGCGGUGGGCGGAGAUAAUCGAAAAUCGGCCGUCGCGUGCACACUUUGCCGAGCUCUAAACUAUACCGACCUAAAAUAACGCGUGUGGGAUCAAUCAAUCAAUUGUAAAAUUAUAGUUAAGUUUAAGUUUAUAGUAAAUUUAAAAUUAAGUUCCAUGAUUUCAGUUCGUUUCAGUUUAUUCCCAUUUCAUGUCUCUCUUCUUUUAUAUUCCGAGUCGAUUGAAAAACGGCGAGAAAAUGUGAAAAGAAAUUAUAAAAUUUGACACCACGAAACGCGCCAAUAGCGACAUCAAUAAGAGCUCGAAUCUGCCUGUUAUAAAACUUUUUCUUUGAUCCAAUUGCAAAUCAGUCGAGUCAAAUUUUGUCGAGAAAAUUAAUGCAAUGCAGUGAAUGUAUUUAUUACGAUAUCACGUUUAUAUCAUACUUAUAUUAAUACUAUAAAUACGGCUGUUUUGUUCAAGUAAUAUCAAAAAUUUUGCACCGAAGCGUUCGUAGCGUUAGAUGAGUACAGAAACAAGAAGUGAAAACGAUCGGGGUUAACACGAUCAGACUUUGCUUGGCUGAAUUUAUUUGCCCAUAAAACAUUAUAACAUAAAACGUCGCGUCAGUUUGUGGGUAAACAUCUUCCAAAUUUCCUGACGGGCGAGCUUGGUCGUCGUUUUUUUUUUUUUUUUUAAAUCGCUCAUUUCUCGCAGAUUUUCGUGCGGAUCUUCAUGUGUUAUAUACAUCAACCAUGGAUGUUUUCAACCAUUUGUUUGGGAAACUGGGAAAGUAGACAACAACGUAUUUAUAUUUUUAUAUAAUUUGUAUGUAAUAAGUAGAUUUUAUCAGAACUACAUUUUCACAUAAAGAUCUUUCGGCACAAUCACGCAUCUACAAUUCAGCAUUAUACGGUCAGUCAUAUAAUUUCCGAAAUUCACUCGGUGCGACACGGAAAAAGGUUGCCUUCAUAGGAGACAGAGGUGAACAUACGUGAAUAUUUUCCACGUUUUAUAAUUGAUUGCUAAUUUCAUAUUUUCACAUUGCCUUUUUUGGAUCGACGUUAACGCUUAAUAACGAAUAGCGGCGUAACAUUUAGGGAGUGGCGUAUUCAAAAAACGUGCCGUUAACGGCAUGUAUACAAUUAACGAACGUCAAUAACCAAACAUUUUAUCCGGAAACGGCAAAGUGGAAAAAAAUGUAAAAUUAAUUAACGGCAUAGACAUUACAAUGUCGAUGAAUCUAUUGUAUGGAAACUAUUUUCGUUUGUUCUUUCCACCUCGCCAUUUUCGGGUUAAUGUUAAAAAUUAAUUUAUAAGAAUAGCGAUAUAACAAUAACAAUUAUAGAAUAGCGUAUUUAAACAUAUGCCAUUAAUGGCAUAUUUACAAUUGAAAAAGUGUCAAUUAUCAGACAUAUGCUAUUUGAAAAUGGCAAUGAUGUAAUUUUUUUGACAAACUGUAUAGACUCGAUGUACGCAAAUAGUUUUUUCAUUGACAUCGCAAUUUUGGUGCAUUUUGUGACAUUAAUUUUAUAGUUUCUUUUCUCGUCACCGACCAAUGAAUUUUCCACGCGGCGAAACAAAUCGAAUUAAUUUAACAUCCGGCCGAUUAUGGAUUGAAUCACGACAAUAUGAUAAUGCGAUUACAAUGAGAAGGAGAAAUUCCUUAUGCGUUUUAUAUCCUUCUUUUCUUACAUGUCUUUUGCGAGAGUUCCAAGAUGUAAGUAAGGAGAUAAACUCUUAGGAACUCGAAACUUUUCUAUUAAUACCUUCUAUUGAUACUUUUCUAUUAAUAAUUUGAAAUUCAACAUGGAAUUUAUUUCAUGUUAUAAAUUGCAGAAAUCGUACCAAUGUGAUUGCAUCAAUAAUACGCAGAAAACUAAAUAAAAAAAAAAUAUAUAUUUAUAAUCUGUUGCCGAUGCAUAAAGUAAGAUUAAAAAGAGAACAUGGAAUACAUAUCUCGACGAUGCAUUUUCUUCUUGCGCAGAUGUAUCAUACAGUUUGUCGAAAAAAUUACAUGAUACUUUAUUCUCUAAUUGUUAUAUUGUCAUAUUGCUUUUCUUUACUAUUCCGAUAAAUUAAGUUUUAAAUAAAUUAAGUUUUUUAACGUUAACCGAAAGUUAAUCCGAAAGUAGCACGACGUGGGAAAGAGACGAAAAUAGUUUCCACACAAUAGACUCACCGGUAUUAUAAUAUCUAGCCAUUAAUUUUAUAUUCUCUUCCACCUAGCCGUUUCCAGAUCAAAUGUUUGAUAAUUGACAUUUUAUUAAUUGUAUAUAUGCCAUUGACGGCACAUCUUUGAAUACGCUACUCUCAAAUUGUUAUUGUUACACUACUGUUCUUAUAAAUUAAGCGUUAACUUUCAGCUGAAAAAGGCAAUGUGGAAAAGAAAUAAAAAAUUAGCAAUCAAUUGUAAAAUGUGGAAAAUAUUCGCGUAUAUUCAUCUCUGUCUCCUAUGAAGGCAACCUUUCUCGCAUUGAAUUUCGGAAUUCAUAUGACUGACCACGUAAUGCUGAAUUGGAGAUACAUGAUUGAUGAGAUGCAAAAGAUUCUCAUGAAGAAGUAGCUUUAAUAAAAUCGGCUUAUACAAUUAUACGAUUAUAUAAAAAUAUAAGUAUACAAUGUAGUCUACUGUAGGUAGUGGGUGGGAAUUUCUCAAACAAAUCGUGGUAGCGAGCGUGGUAUGUUUUCGCGACACAAUUUUGUUAUCGCAUCAUGCAACAAAUGCUAGCUAUGCAACGAAAUAAUAUAAUCAAUAAUAUCAUGACAUAGAUCCGCGCGAAGUUUUGCGAAAAAUGAGUGAUUUUUAAAUAACAACGACUGAAUUUGCCCGUCAAGAAAUUUGGGGGAUAUUUACCCACGAACUGAUGCGACGUAAAUAAUGUCUUACGGGCAAAUAAAUUCAGCCAAGCAGUCUGAUCGUGUUAACCCUGAUCGUUUAUAUGACUUGAAUAAAACGAUAUUAUAGUAUUAUCAAGCAUGAUACAUCUUUUUUUCGCGAGGAAAAGCAUCGUGAGAUACAUAUUCUCUCUUUGUAUUCCGGCGGCGUGCACUCGGCGGUGUAUACCGCUCUCGCGACCGGUGAAAAAUCGAAACGAAAAAUUUCGACGCAUAGAGGAUGAGAUGCGACGAAUAUAUAUAUAUGGAUACAACGGGAUGCGCGUAGAGUGGGAAAGGGGAGGGGGGAUAAUGCACAUUAAUUUUAGGACGGAUCGACACGACGCGCGAUAAGCCGUCUUGUGUUCCCUCUUUUUUAAUCUACUUUACGGAUCGGGGCAACAGAUUUAUAAACACUUUUAUUUCUACCUAGUCAAACUAUGUAACCUUAACGCCUAGAAUUUCUCUAGCUUUAGAUAUCUGUUUGCAGUGAACAUUUUCCUUUGUUUCCUUAGCUAGAUAAAUUUAAUCGGUACGAUGGAUCAAACACCGCUCUCGUAACAGACACUUUCGAAGCUAAAAAACAUACGCGAAUAUUUUCUGCGUAUUAUUGUUGCAAUCACACUGGUGCGAUUUCUGUAGUUUAUAACAUGGAAGAAAAUCCAUGUUGAAUUUCAAAUUGGUAUUAAAAGCGUUGAGUUCCUACGAGUUAAUCUCUUUAUUUGGAUUUGGGAACUCUCGCAAAAGGCAUGUAAAAUGGGAAGAAUAUGAAUAAGAAUACGAUGUAGGAAUCUUUCUUUCUCAUUGUAACCGCGUUAUUACAUUGUUGCGAUUCAAUCCGUAAUCGGCUGGACGUUAAAUUAAUUCGAUCUGUUUCGCAGCGCGGAAAAUCCAUCGGUCGGCGAUAAACCAUCGUACUCGGCGGCUUAUCGCGCGUCGUAUCGAUCCGUCCUAAAAUUAAUGCGCAUUAUCCAAUGCGUUAUCCCGUCGCAAUAACAAUAAACGCGUGCGUCGUCUCGCGAUCAGUUUGACACUGCGAGAUUAUUCUCCUCCUCCCCCUUACGCGCAUCCCGUUUUAUCCUCCGUUUUACAAAUUUCGUCGCAUCUCAUCCCCUAUGCGUCGAGAUCUUUCGAUUCGACUUUUCAUCGGUCGCGAGAGUGGUAUACACCGAAUGCACGUCGCCGAAAUAUUUCGUGCCUUUUCCCGGCUUUUCCGCGGCUUUUUCUCUCUUUACGGGCGGCAAAAGUGCCGCCGAAUUUCGUCUCGUCCUCUCUCCCUCUUUCAUAUUCUCCGUUCACUUCUUUUCCCUUCUUUUCGCCACCGACUCGGUGGGAGAAAUCCGUCGGCCUGGUCGACGAACAAAAAGAGCCGUCUCGCGCGUCUCUCCAUCUGCGUUACGAUCCUACACUAGGUCGAAUGGCAGCCUAACGUUGCUCGUGGGUGGGCCUCGGCAGGAGGAUCAAUAUCACCGUGAGGGAGAAAACGAGCAGACUGAGAAUGGGAGCAAGGGGAUAGGAGACCCGCCGCGAUGAGGGAUAAGGAUUACAAGGGCGGCGGCGGCGGCGGCGGCGGCGGUGGCGGCGGGAGGAGGCGCUCGGAGAAGCGCGUACUCCGAAAAUGUCAAUUCGCCGCUCCGGCUUCUCAUGAAAUUACGAUCGUGAUAAGGGUCGACCCCGUUCGAUUUACUGCGCUCUCCUCGCCGCUUCCGUUUAUCGCGGACCCUCCUCCCGCCGGCGCAGCCGAGCCCAAAUCUGCCGCCGAGGCCUUAAAACAGCUCCUCGGUCCGCCGAAUUUCAUUAAUUUUCAUGCCCGCGUAUUCUCAUCGCGCCCGUCUCUCCCCCCGUCGUGCGAUACACAACGCCGCGCCUUCGAGGAAAAUUGUCGUCUCCAGUAGCUGCGAGAUUUUUUUACUUGUUCUCAACGACAUCGCGAGGCCGAUUCGACUAGGGGUGCAUAAGGGUAGUUUUUUCGGUCGGGUCGACGAGAGAGAAAGAAUGUAGGAGCGCUUUUUAGACGGCGCGUCCGCCGUUCGAUCGGCGGACGAGCGGCUCACGCUGGCCGCACGAAUGCGAGCUUUUCAUUGAUCCAAUCUGCGCAAGCAGAGCAACGAUCCACUAGCCGACAUCGACAUACACACACGUCGUCUCUGCCGCUACGAUACUCCGAGUUGUCGCGUACACGCGGCCAAUGUACAGUCGUUCGUGCGAGAAUCCACUGUAAAGCGUGUUAUCAAUUAUCGAGUGCGGCGACGAACGCGACGAGGAAGGAUGCCGCUCGCGGUAUCGCGAGAUCUUUCCUCCCUCCCGCCGCGUUCCUAUUGCGACAGUGUGUAAUGGUGAAGGUUGAAAUGAUAUACACCUUCUUCGUACUCGCGUUCUCUGUACGAGAAAACGAGGAAAUUCGAGGACAGCUUUCGGACGUGACGCUCGAAUCUCGAGUGUCGUCGAGAUUCGGGGCGUCCGUGUCUUUUUCCUCGCAAAAGCACGCGACAAGAGAGAGAGAGAGAGAGAGAGAGAGAGAGAGAUUUCGAACAGAAGCAGGAAGACACGAUGAUCUCUCUCUCUCCGUAGACUGAGUCGGUCGGGAGAAAAAAAGGAAAGAAAGAAAAAUGAAACAAUUCAGAUAUCAAUGAACCAUCUCACGGGAGAGGGCACUUCAGCGGGAUCAGUAUUUCUACGUGCGAAACGGUUUUUUCAUAUAUAAAAAGAGGAAAAUGCAAAAAAAAAAAAAGGGAGCGAGCGCUCUUUGGCGAUUAUUAUAGGCGAAUUAUUAGACGAAGACCACGACGAGAGGCGAAAACGAUGGCGAAUACGGACGACGUAUCGCUUUCCUUUCCCUUGUCAUUGUAAAUACGCAUAGAGACGCGAAAAGACAGGAGACGGUAGAUAGAUGUAUAAUAUAGAGACCGCGCGAGCGAGCCGACCGGACGGUUUCCUCCGUGUCGUUGCGACGAUCGACGAUCGCGGACUCUCCUCGAGUACAUUCCGCGACGAGAGGAAGCGAUCGGGAGGGCUGGUGAGCGGUCCUCCUGGUCCAGCGGGUCGCUCUCGUAGAGCGCCUAGCACGGAUCGUAGUUAAGUACCGUGCGAAACGAUGCACCGCCUCGAGAAUGAAGGAGGAGAAAGUGGUGGCGAGAGGAGGGAAGCAGGAGAGAGAUGAUAGAUAGAUAGGUAGUUAGAUAGAUAGAUAGAACGUCGCUGCGGGAGGAUCGAGUCGCUCGCGCGCGCGUACGCGUGCGCGCGCGUGCGGCUUCGCGGAGAAGUCGACGCUCCGAAUUCUAAAAUUAUCUUCGUAAGACCGUACGUACACCGCGUACGUAUCUCAGGAAACUGCGGAAAAGCGUCGACUUCGCGAUAAGCGCGCAGACACGCGGCAAAAAACGCGACCUGGCACGCUCCACUCUCGCCGGGCUGACUUCACCACGCGAGAGCGAUGCACCGCUACUCGUCCGACGAUUGUGAUAUAUACUAUAUACAUAUAUACGCUGUAAAAAGAAGACAAAAAAUGAAAACGAAGCGGAGACUGCACGGUCAGAGAGAGAGAGAGAGAGAGAGAGAGAGAGAGGGAGGGGGGGAGAGAAAGGAAGUAUGAUUCUCGUCGAAGGGAAUAGCGAGAUUGUGCAUCGACCGAUUUAACCCUCCGUACCCCGACUUCCCAUAGAUGACUAUUUAUUCAUAACUUGUCGAUCGCUCUCUCGCUCUCGCACGAGGGGAAUGUAGAUCCUUUUAUAAUUUCGUCGGAGAGGAGGGUUAACGGGAAGCGCGUCCAUGUCGCGAGAGAUCCUCGUGUUUGCGAUCGAGGAGUGCAUCGGCGAUCAUCCGGUCCGAUCCGUGAAAUCAGUGCGUGCACGCGAUUGAGCGUGGUAGCAAUAAGAAGGAAUGAGAAUGAGAUAUGAAGAUAUGAAUAAAAGAGGAAGAGAGUGAGUUGUCUGUAAAUAACAGUGUUGCAUUAUUAUUUAUGUUGCUACCGUUGCGAGUAGUAUUAAAUUAUCAUAACGAUACGUAAUUUAAAGAUGAGAGGAGGAAGAGAAUGCGGAUCGUACGAUCGGGCAGCGUGUACAUAAGUUAUAGGUAUAUCUCUCCUGGUAAAAAGGAUACUUUUACGAAUAGUUAUUUUUAUUACUAUUAAUUGAUAUGUAAUAAUUAAUUAUCACCUUGCAUUAUAAUAUCAUUAGUUUAUUAUUUUUGUCAUUAUAUAUUACUACUUACUCCCCUUAUUAUCAUUAUGAAUAUUAUGAUUACGGUUGUUAUCCUUCGGCCGAUGAUCUCAAAAAAAAAAA